GCUUUGUCAACUUGAACGCGCCCAUUAUUCAUUGCUUCCUGUUGCUCUCUGACGGGCUGACGUCGAUUUGAUCUGUCUAGUCGGUUCGGCUGGUUUCGUGUUCGUCGCGUUGCUAGUAUUGGUUUCGACUUUAGGCAACUUCAAAUACGUGUUCGAAAGGAUCGAAAUUGAGCAAGUAGAAACCUUGCUGGACGAGUCGUGCCAAAAAAUUUAUUCUUCGAUAAAGCCUUGUGUUCUUCCUGUUGCGCAUCAUUGCACAUUGAUUUGCAAUCGUCGCUUGUCCAGCUAUAUUUGCUCGCACGUUGUGCAAGACAGAUAUAUUCAAAUAUAAAUAGUUUCGCAAUAUUCUGAGAGGACAAACUGUAGCGAGAUGUUGACUCCACGUUUCGGGAUCACGCAAACCGACGAGGAUGUGACGAUAGUUAUCCAUGCGCCAUAUGCGAAUAUAAAGGAUGCGGAGAUGCACGCUGACGGAGUAGACUUCCUAUUUUACUCCACUCCGUAUUUUCUCAAAUUACAACUUCCAGGUAAGAUAAAAGACAAUGAUUCAUUCUCUGGGACCUACAACUGCGAAAAGGGUGACUUUACCUUAAGUUUCUCCAAGGUAAAUAAGGGAGAACACUUUAAGAAUUUGGAAAUGAUAACAAGUCUUCUGGCACCAAAAAAGAAAAGAACUGUCAUACCUAACAUUGAAGUCAUCGGUAAUCCAUCUGUGGCUUUAGCCGAUAUGAGUGAAAACGAUGUAGAUAAUUCUGGAAAUAAUUCUUUUCCACCUCAGGAUAAUUCUGUAGGAGGUGCGACAAAUCUUAUAAACUCUCCAAAAUAUGGUUUUGCUAAUAAAAUAUCAGGAGCUUUAGCUGCCUUUGGGGACGUAUGGAUCAAAGAAAUAAUAGAUCUUCCUGCUCCUGAUGUAACUCCUGAAGUAGAAAGAAAAAGUUUGCGGGAACAGCGUGAAUUAAAAGAUUUCUCCGAGGAACAUUAUAUGGCAGAUCUCAUGGAAUCAGACGUCAUUAAGCCAUGCUUAAUAUACCAAGCAGAAUGGGACACUUUACAAACAGAUCAAAUUGCAUUUAGCAAAGCUGAAAUCGACUUGUUAAAGGAACUUCCAAACAAAGAAUAUUUAUUAAAUGUUAACGAGUUAGAAAAAUUAUGUUUUAAUCUUGUCGAUAUCUUGUACGCCAGUUGUUAUAAUCAUCGAACAACAUUCGGAGAAAAUAAUUCAGAGAGUGGCUGGACCAUUAAUAAACUAAGUUCUACAUUAUGUUGGUUUCAGAAUUUUACUUCUCCAAAUGAAGUUACAACAGCGUGUAUUCGAAGAGCGCUUUGCUAUCCACUUCACAGAAAUUGGGAACUUUCUAUUAAAGUAUUGGAAGAUGUUAAAAAAGUUCUAUCAUUAGGAAGGAAAUAUGUUAUUAAACGCUUCUGUGAAAUACACAGUCUUUUCAAUGAUUCAUUUGAACCGAGAUACAUACUGAACCAAUUGUAUAUAAAGGAUUUUCUAAUUUGGUUGCAAACGUUAACUGAUCCCGUAAUAGAAUCGAUUCAUGCUGUAUUACUUAAUAUUCAUCCAAACAAAGAUAGUAUGGGACUAGAAUUAGUGGAACUGGAAAUAGCAGCUUAUUCUGUCCAAGAAGAUUUUGUUAUAGAAAACGCCAUUCACAAAAUGACCAACAAUAUUGAAGCAUUGUCUAUGAACGUGGACAAACAGAAAAUGCCAAAGAAUGUAUACCAUGUUAACCAAAAAUUUUUUAAGUGUUUAUUAUCGAGCAGUUCAAGUUCAACGGAUAGCAGCGAUACGGACUCUGAUAGCAACACGUCAAGCAGCAGUAGUAGCAGCAGCAGUUUCGAUUCUGAUGAUAUAGAUGGCGAGCCUAAAUAAUCAAGAAGAAACGGGUGGACUUGGAAAAAGGUGCUUUUAUUGUUGAUUUUAUUAUUGAUUGGUAUACUUCUGUACUUUGAUUUGCCGAUUACAGCUAUGGUCAUGAAAAUUACUGACAAGGUCAUUUUGACGCUCAUUUGCCGCGCAAUCUGGAUAGGCGUCCCCGUGUUUUGGAGCACACGAUUUCAACGCGUAAUCAGUCCCUCCGCAACUUCCUUUCUGCUUAAGAGCGCUCAAAUUCGACGCGAACCUUUCCUCUUGCUUAACAGCUCACAAAAUUCACGCAAAGAGUCCACCCCAUCUCCCUCCCUGCGUAGGAGCGUACGACUUUCACGCAAAGCGACUCCCACCUCAUCUACCCCUCUGCUUAGGGGUAAACGACUUCCACGCGAAGCGACUCCCACCACACCUCCCUCCCUGCUUAGGAGCGUACGACUUCCACGCGAAGCGACUCCUACUUCAUCUACCCCCCUACUUAAGAGCACACGACUUCCACGCGAAGCAACUCCCACCACACCUCCUUCCCUGCUUAGGAGCGCACGACUUCCACGCGAAGCGACUCCCACUCCAUCUACCCCUCUGCUUAGGGGCACACGAUUUCUAUACAAAGCUACUUCUACCUCAUCUCCCUCCCAGCUUAGAGGUGCACGACUUCCAUGUGAAGCGACUUCCACCUCACCUUUCCACUCUGGCGAGAGGCGCACGAUUUCCCACGCGAAACGCGCGAAAAAAAGUGAAAAAAAUCGUCUUUUGAUUAUUUGAAAAUGACCUUGUCGAUAGUUUUCAUUAUCAUGUUCGUAAUCAGGGUAUAAAAAUACAGUAAUAUGUCAAUCGAUAAGAAAAUCGGAAGGUUCACCUUUCGGAAGUCUAUCCGAAAAAACUGAUAGUUCUAAUGAAUAAUUAUUCACUUGUUACAUGACGUGCAGUAAUGUGAUGAAUUAAACAUCGGUUUCUUCAUAACCGGCAUAAAUCAUAUAAUUUUUCAACUAACUACUUAAAAUAUAG